UACAUGGCAGGCAUUGAGGCUUCGUGCAAAUUUACGGGUGGACAACUCCUUAUUUGGACCUAUUGGUAACAAUAUCUGUGCAGGGUUCAUCUUGUUUCCCGAUGGAUCCUCGUCGUAUCGGCCUGCCACGCUCGGGCCCUUCUUCUUAUGCCUCGUGAGGUCCUCGUCUCCACUGCUCCUUGUUUUCCAAAUCUUAGAAACACCGAGUUUGGCUAUCCUUCCGUUUGAUGUAGAAAUGGCAGUUGUUAGUUUUGAAAUUGGUAGAAAUUCAGCUUUUGCUUUGCACUGUUAUGGAAAUUCGUUUUCUUCCGGGCUUACGAUAUCUGGGAGACCCUUUCUCGGUACAUCUUUAAACGCGAGAAAUGCAGGGAAAGGUCAUGUUUUUCAUGCUCAAAAGCUCAAUUAUGGACCAGUUUGUGCUUCGCUGAAGAGUGGCUUGAACUCUGGGUUGAUUAAUGAUGGUCUACUUUCAAGUGAAUUUGAGUUUAAGCCAUCAUUCGAUGAUUAUUUGAAGGAAAUGGAGUCUGCCAGAACUUCCUCCAGAAAUGUUAGGGUAAAGGAGCAUGCUACUGGUGCUGAAAAACAGAAGAGGGAAAAGGUUAUGUCGAGGAAACCAAGGUUGGAUGGAGUUGAAAAAGGUGCAAAAUUUGGAAAGCUUGUAGGGCGCAUGAACAAAAAGAAUGAGUUAGGAAUUGCUGAAAAAAAUGGGCCAUUACAAGUAGUUGAAACAGUCAUGGGCAAAGAAAGCUCCUCCGUAGGUCAUAUUGAGCUCAGAGGACGAAGGUUUAAACGAUUUGACCUUGAGUAUGACGGGAACAAAAGCAAGCUUGAUAUUACUGUGAAGCAGAAAAAGGAGGCAGAGGUAAUGGAAAACAGGUGGUUGGAAUACGGAAUAAAUAAAUCAAAACCAGAUUCUGACAGUAAUUUGAUUAAAAGGGAACGAAGAAAGACAGGCCAUAGCAAAGGUUCACUCAAUUGGAAUAGUAACUGUGGGAACACCAUAGAGGGGGAAGUCGGCCAUAAAUUACAUACGUUAAAGACAGCAGGAGGAACGGACGUUACAACCAGUCAAAUAUGCUGCAACCCAAAAGGGAAAAUGCCAGUCAUAAACAAAACUGUUGUUAGCAGCAAUGUUCUGCACAAUGGACGCGAGAAAAGCUACACAAAAAAUGAGAACGUGGGGAAAGAAAAUGGACCGAAAAAUCUCAACUUGAAUGGAAAGAAAAGUCGUGAUUAUGACAACUUGGAGGUGGAAAGAGUAGCAUUUAAGACUUUUGAAGAGUUCAAUGGUGUUGUCAACAAGCCACAAGUUUCACACAAGGAAAUGGAGGAUAGAAUCAUGAGGCUGGCAAAUUUGUUGAAUGGUGCUGAUAUAAAUAUUCCUGAAUGGAUCUUUUCUAAGAUGAUGAGAAGUGCAAAGAUAAAAUUUAAUGAUUAUUCUAUUGUGAGGGUUAUCCAAAGAUUGGGAAAACUAGGAAACUGGCAGCGGGUGAUACAGAUCAUUGAAUGGCUUCAAAGGCGUGAACGUUUCAAAUCCCAUAAGCUAGGCCACAUAUACACUGCUGCUCUUGAUGCACUUGGAAAGGCAAGGAGACCCAUAGAGGCGCUAAAUGUAUUUCAUGCCAUGCUGCAACAAAUGUCCACAUAUCCUGAUUUGGUGGCUUACCAUAGUAUUGCUGUCACUCUUGGACAAGCAGGGCACAUGAAGGAACUCUUUGAUGUGAUUGAUAUCAUGCGGUUGCCACCUAAGAAGAAGUUCAAAGUAGGAGCACUUGGUAACUGGGACCCUAGGCUGGAACCUGAUGUCAUAGUUUAUAAUGCCGUCCUCAAUGCUUGUGUUCAGCAGAAACAGUGGGAAGGGGCAUUCUGGGUUUUACAGCAGUUAAAGAAGCAACGUCAACAACCUUCUGCGACAACUUAUGGCCUUGUCAUGGAGGUGAUGUUUACUUGUGGCAAGUACAACCUAGUUCAUGAUUUUUUCAUGAAAGUUCAGAAGUUUUCUAUUCCCAAUUCAUUGACAUACAGAGUUCUUGUGAAUACACUAUGGAAAGAGGGCAAAACUGAUGAGGCCGUAUUGGCUGUGCAAGAUAUGGAAAGACGUGGCAUCGUAGGUUCUGCUUCUCUGUAUUAUGACCUUUCUCGAUGUCUUUGUGCAGCUGGAAGAUGUAGUGAGGCACUGAUGCAGAUAGAGAAGAUGUGCAAGGUUGCAAACAAGCCACUUGUAGUGACAUACACGGGCUUAAUUCAAGCAUGUCUGGAAUCUGGAAACAUCCAAGGUGGGGCAUACAUUUUUGAAAAAAUGAAGGAUAUCUGCUCCCCAAACCUUGUUACUUGUAACAUGAUGCUUAAAGCUUACCUGGAACAUGGGAUGUUUGAGGAAGCAAAAGAAUUGUUUGAGAAGAUCUCAGAAAACACAAAUCAUGUGAAGAGAAAUUCUGAUUACAAAGUUGUGGUGAUACCAGAUAUUUACACAUUCAACACCAUGUUAGAUGCAUGCAUUGUAGAGAAGAGAUGGAAUUAUUUUAACUAUGUCUACCAAAAGAUGCUAUACUAUGGCUACCACUUCAAUCCAAAACGUCAUCUUCGAAUGAUACUGGAGGCAUCAAGAGCUGGAAAGGAGGGGCCUAUUGAAACGACGUGGAAGCACUUGAUCCAAACAGAUCGUAUUAUUCCAGCUACUCUGAUAAAGGAAAGAUUCUGUAUGAAGCUUGAAAAGGAGGACUAUGUUGAAGCUCUUGGAUGUAUCACCAAUGAUCUCUCCAAAGACUUGCAGGCUUUUUCUAAGCUGUCUUGGUUUAAUCUAUUGAAAGAAAAUGUCCCGCGCUUUCAGAAGGAUACACUAGUUAGGUUAAUGGAUCAGGUAAAUACCCUAGUUUCCAAUAGUAGCUUGCCACUUCCGGCACUUGAAGCACUUGAAAACCUAAUGCUAUCUUUGAGAGAAUUUUGUACCACUGACCUUAGUGUGACUGCCAUCAAAUAGGUGGUUAAUUCCAGAUGAACUUCUGUGUAAAGAGCACUGUAAUUGUAAUGUAUGCUGUUUUUAACACCAAUGGCUAAAAUUUUGAUGUCAA